AUGGACGCCUACGAGGCCACCAAGGUGGUGUUCGCCAGGGUUCAGGAGCUCGUCGACCCGGACCUCGCCUCCAAGAUCAUGGGCGCCCUGCUCACCCAGGACAAGAGCGAGGAGGACAUGAUCCGCCUCGCCUUCGGCCCCGAGCACCUCCUCCACUCCGUCGUCGCCAGGGAGCGCGCCGACCUCCUCGCCCGCACCAACCCCUCCUCCCCGCCCGCCUCCUGGGCUAUGGCGCCCGGCGAUGGCGACGCCGGCCACCCCUUCUCCGCCGCCAGCGACCCGUUCUACCCCGACGAGGGGUACGGCUGCUGGUCCCCGACCAGCGGCGGCCACCGCCGGAGCUACUCGCUCAGCGACGCCGACGGCGGGUGGAAGCCGUGCCAGUACUUCGCGCGGGGGUUCUGCAAGAACGGCUCCGCCUGCCGCUUCCUGCACGGUCUCCCCGACGACGUCGCCGAGCAGGAGAUGGCCGUCAUGCGCGCCAAGGCCGCCGCUGUCGCCGCCGCGCGGGCGCAGAUGAUGCCCCCCGCCUUCGCCUUCUCGCCGUCUCCGCCCAAAGGCCUCGGCUUCCUCCUCCAGCAGCAGCAGCAGCAGCAGAGCGAGUCCCAAAGGGCGGCGGCCAUGCUGCUCGCCGCCGGCGACGACAUGCACAGGUUCGCCCUCCGCUCGCCCCGGAUGGACCGCGCCGACCUCUCCAACAGCCACGGCGCGCGGCAGAUCUACCUCACCUUCCCCGCCGACUCCAGCUUCACCGAAGAGGACGUGUCCAGCUACUUCAGCAUGUACGGGCCGGUGCAGGACGUGCGCAUCCCGCACCAGCCGAAACGCAUGUUCGGCUUCGUCUCCUUCCUCUACCCGGAGACGGUGCGCCUCGUCCUCGCCAAGGGCAACCCGCACUUCGUCUGCGACGCCAGGGUCCUCGUCAAGCCCUACAAGGAGAAGGGCAAGGUCCCUGACAGGUUCAGGCACAGCGGAGGCAUCUCUCCUCACCACCGCGACUUCGCCGCCGCCGGCCUGCUCGACUCCAGGGAUCCCUUCGACCUCCAGCAGCCGCAGAUCGGGCAGAGGAUGCUAUACGGGAGCAUGGCCGGCCACGAGGCGGCCUUCCUGAGGAGGAAGCUGGAGGAGCAGCAGGAGUCGGCGGAGCUGCAGCGUGCCAUCGAGCUCCAGAACCGCCGGUUCAUGGGGAUGCAGCUGCUCGAUCUCAAGAGCAGGGGCCACCACCUCCUCGGCUCCCCCGUGGGCUCGCCAGGCGACGGCAAUGACGGCUGCUUCAAUGCCAACGGCAAUGGCGUGCACCAUUUCGAGAACAACAUUCAAGAUAACAGCACUGGCCUUGUCAUGGGCACAUCUGCUGCUGCUGCUUCUGCCAUUGGUAAAGACGGGAGGCAGGAGCAGCAGUAUGAGGAGGAGGAGGGUGGUGGUGAUGGCAAUGGUGGCAGUCCCAAGCAGGCAGUCAACUCUGGGGAAGAGGGGAGGAGGGAAUCUGGUCCUGGUGCAGCAGCUGCAACCAAUGUUGUUUGUGGAUACCAAGAAAGUGGCAUGGAGCACAACCUGCCUGAUAGCCCCUUUGCUUCCCCCACCAGUGCUGCUGCUGCUGAGCAGCAGACAGCUCACACUGGUAGCAUCAGCAGCUCCCACCCGGUGGCCUUGUCUCUGUUCCCCUCUGCUAAACCUCUCUACAGCUCUUGCUUCUCCCAAGUGCCCAGGUUCUCAUCUGGGCAUGGAGCCAUUGGGCUGUGAAUAGAGCAGGAAAAGGGCCCUCAUCACAUCAGCUAAGGGUCAUGACCCCAUCAAGUGGAAGUAGAAAACAAAGGAAAAAACUUUAACAAAGUCUAGGUGUAUCUUCAGUUCAGAGAGAGGGACAGCAGCAACUCAACAACAACAGCAACAGAUUAAGAAAGGAAACAAGUCAGUCCUAGGUUGUCUUUAGCUCUAGGCCUUUCAGUAGUAGUAUAAAUAAUACCAGUCGUUUUAAUUAGUACUUGAUCCUGGGAAGAGUCGAGCAGAACAAGUGAAAAGUGAUGCCACCGUCAUGCAUAUAUAACUGCAUGCUGUAUGCUCGACUCAGUGAUCUGGUUGUAAUGGAUCUCAGUUUGGUGAUAAAUACUAGUAUACCGUAGCUAAUCCUUGACAUCUUUACCAGCCAGGUGUUGUUACUUGAUGCAUAGACACCCAAA